AUGCGCCUGCUCGCAGCACUGCUCGUGUGCAAGAUGUCGGCGCUCGCGCCAGUAGAGCAGAUGACAGAGGUCCGCGCGACGCCGCUGAAAGGCAACUGCCUCUACGCCACACGAGACUUUGCAGCUGGUGCAGCGGUGACCGACGAGCGACCGCUCGUCAGAUCGCGGCUAGACGACGAUGCGGCCCUGACGGAGCGCGUCGAUGCCGCGCACCGACGCAGCCCCUUCGGCUUCCAGCAUAUGCGAUCCCAUCUAGCGGCGCUGUGGACGCUGCAGAGCGCGCCUCCGCACGUCAUCGACGCCAUCGCGGCGAAGGCGGCCCCCACGGCGCCGGCCGCGGCGGCGCGCCUCGACGAAGAGCUCGCGGCAGUCACCAAUCCCUGGCACGCGCGCUACGUCGGCGUCGUGCUCGACGCGGCGAGCGUCGCGGCCCUCCACGAAGCCGUGCCGCCGCGCCACCCCACCGUCACGGGCCAGUCGCACGUCACGCUGUGCUUCGAGCCACAAGGAACGGAGUGGCUGCCGCUCCUCGGCACCCGCUGCGCGCUGCGCGUCGACGAAGAGGUCUCUGAUGAACGUGGCCAGGCGGUGACGGUGGCGCUCGAGUCGCCCGAUGUUUCAGCGCUGUUGAAUGACGGCCGCACGCCGCACAUCACCAUCUCGACCGCCGACGGCGUCGAGGCGGUCUACUCGAACGAGCUCCUGCGGACAGAGGAGGCGCUCCGUCCCGUCGCGCUCCGCCUGACCGGCGCGGUCGCCGUCGCCGUCCAGCCGUCGCCGGCCGCCGCCGCGAAGGCGAGGCGGCGCAUCGUCGCGGACCCUGAAGAGGCGACGCGGCUGCUGUCGCCGGACGCGGCGCUCCUGCGGCGACUCACGCUCGCGUGGGAGUAUAAUGGGUUUCCUGCUGACGACGACGGAGCGCUGGAAAUCUUCGACAGGGCUUCGACGGCGGCGCACUCGUGCGCCCCGAACUGCGCGCUCGAGGUCGUCCGGGGCCUGCGGCGCGACGACGGCUCCGUCGCGGACACGUUAGUAAAGGGUGACCGCGUGCGCCAGGCCCCGGUGGGGCUGCGGCUGAGAGCUCUGAGACCCAUCGCCGCGGGCGAGGAGAUCACGUUUUGUUACCUGCCUGAUCUAGAUCUACGAGCAGAAUUUCGCGAGCGACGCAAGCAACUCGCCGCGCGCGGCUGGAAGUUCGUGUGCCACUGCGAGCGCUGCGUGGCCGAGGCGCGGGCGUUCCUUGACUCGUCCCGCGGCGAGUCCUCGAGCGACGACGACGAGGGGCCCGGUGUUGUGGUGGAGGCGAUCUUUUGA